AUGUUUCCUAACAGUGGUGGUGAUGAUCAUGGUGGUGAUGAUCGUGGUGAUGAUCGUGAUGAUGGUGAUCGUAGUGGUGAUGAUCGUGAUGAUCAUGAUGGUGUCCAUGAUUAUGUGAAUCGUGGACAACUACCUGAAUUGGGGGAGUAUCCUGGUGCUCCAUUUGGGUACUGUAAUAGGAUUGAUGUAGCCCAGAGGUCAACGUUCAAUUCGGGCACGUGCCUUACCUGA